UAUAUCCCGUGAACGUUCUAUUUUCUUGGACCUCCCCAUUCCUUAUUUAAUCCUGAACCCCCAUUUGUUUCCCUCAAAACACACACACGAAAAACCUCUCUCUCUCUCUCUCUCUCUCUCCUGUCCUGUGGAACAGAGAACAAACAUGAUAAGGAGAGGACAAAGUGAGAGAAGCAUCACAAUGAUGCUGCUACUGGCGUUACUUGUCUGGUCUGCAACUCUUGAGAUCUGCAUUGCGAGAAGAGGAAGGCAUUGGAGACACAACAGAAGCUCCUCCUCCUCCGCCCAGUCCACUUCCUUGUCCAGCAAGAAACCUAGAAGCCAUGGAAACGCCCAUCACAGCUCUCACCACCAUUACCACAAAUCCAAACCUAAACCACAGCCAAAACCUCCAAAGAACCCUAACGACUCGCCUCUUCCACAGCCUCAGCCCCCGAAAAAGGGUUAUGGGUCGGCCCCUAAACCCCCAAAGGUGUUCAAUGUGUUGGAUUUCGGAGCAAAGGGCGAUGGCAAGAUUGAUGAUACUAAGGCGUUUGAAGCGGCUUGGGCGGCCGCCUGCAAAGUCGAGGCCUCAACGAUGGUCGUACCGAAUGAAUACGUUUUCCUCGUCGGUCCAAUCUCCUUCUCCGGUCCUUACUGUCAAGCCAACAUAGUGUUUCAGCUUGACGGGACGAUCAUUGCACCAAUGGAUUCGAAGUCAUGGGGAAGAGGGUUGUUGUGGUGGAUUGAGUUCACGAAGCUGAGAGGUAUCACAGUACAAGGGAAAGGUAUUAUCGAUGGAAGAGGCUCUGGGUGGUGGCAAGAUUACCCCUUUGAAGAUCCCUUAGACGAUGAGUCGAAACUCAUUGUACCGUUAAACAACUCUAUUCAAGAACGCCCACCAAUGCCGGUGAGAAGUGAGCUCAGUGGAAGCAUGCCGAGCAUCAAACCAACAGCGCUGAGGUUCUACGGGAGUUUUAACGUGACAGUGACAGGAAUCACAAUCCAGAACAGUCCACAAUGCCAUCUCAAGUUCGAUAACUGUGUCGGGGUUUUGGUGCAUGACAUGAGUGUGUCUUCACCUGGAGAUAGUCCAAACACAGAUGGGAUACACUUGCAGAACUCCAAAGAUGUCCUCAUUCACAGCUCAACUCUUGCUUGUGGAGAUGACUGCAUAUCUAUUCAAACGGGUUGCUCGAAUGUGUACAUACACAAUGUGAACUGUGGCCCGGGACACGGUAUCAGCAUUGGGAGCCUUGGAAGAGAUAGUACCAAAGCCUGCGUCUCCAACAUCACAGUCAGAGAUGUAAAUUUUCACAAUACAAUGACCGCUGUCAGGAUCAAGACAUGGCAGGGCGGAUCAGGCUCGGUGCAAGGAGUUCUGUUCUCGAACAUUCAAGUCUCGGAGGUUCAACUCCCGAUAGUGAUAGACCAGUUCUACUGUGACCACGCCAGUUGCAAGAACCAGACAUCUGCUGUGGCUGUCAAUGGAGUCACCUACGAGAAGAUAAGAGGCACUUACACUGUGAAACCCGUGCAUUUCGCUUGCAGUGACAACUUCCCCUGCGUAGACGUGCAGCUAUCCUCCAUUGAGCUAAAGCCAAUGCAACAAUUGUAUCACAUGUAUGACCCUUUUUGUUGGCAGACCUUUGGAGAGCUCAGUACACCAACAGUUCCUCCUAUUGAUUGCUUACAGAUUGGAAAACCCUCGAGGAACAGAGUUCAGUCCGACCAUGAUCUCUGUUAACCUGCCAAGAGUAACCAAAUGGAGUGGAAUUCAGAUGAUCCAUUGUAUAUCUUUAGUGACCCUAUUACGCUAUACAGAUUACUAUAAGCGUGUUAUAUCGAUUCUAUGUUGUUUGAGAGUGAUUUGAUGUGUUUUAAGAGGGUAGAAAUUUAGUGUAAGGCAGGCUUGUUUGUUGCUUUAGACUCUCCCUUGAGAGAGAGAGAGCAACUAGCCUGAGUGCUUGAUAAGCAGUAUGUAUAUUGUUGUAUCACAUAUAGUUCGAUUGGUUUUUUACACAAUAUAUAGAGUA